CCGGUCGGAUCCUCCGAUGUCAUUCCAUCCAUCCAGGCUAUAGUGGUUUCACAUCUAGUGUUAUUGCAUGUCUUAAUCCCCUCCCUCUUGGAAUAAUCCAAUGUCUUGUUGGAUAUAAAGUGACCAAAACCCCGACAGACUCGAACCUGAACGACCGAAGCGACCGCGACGAUUGACUCAACAAAGACAUGUUCGAUACAACUAACCAUGACGGGGACAUGUCGACCCUCUUUGGCGUGACAUUUAGUAGCUAUAUCUAUGCAGUCAUCGGGGCUUUGUUGCUGUACUUCAUCUACCAAGCAACAAUGGUAACCGAUAUUCCCCACAUCAAAGGGAUACCAGAGAUCCCCGGCGCCAUCCCAGUCUUCGGCCAUCUUCGACAGCUGGGCGAUGAUCACGCCAGUGUGUGCGAGCGCUGGUGGAAGCAAUACGGGCAUUCGGUCUUUCAGAUAAAGUUAGGCAAUACGCGCGCAGUGGUCUUCAACUCGUUCGAGGACUGCAGAUCCGUGCUUCUGGGUCGGCACCAAAACGCUCUCAUUGACCGUCCCAAGCUAUACACGUUCCAUGGAGUCAUCAGCAGCACUCAGGGGUUCACCAUCGGGUCGUCUCCGUGGGAUGACUCGUGCAAGAAGAAGCGCAAGGCGGCAGGGACAGCACUAGGUAGGCCCGCCUUAAGAAACUAUCAUCCGAUGUUUGAUCUGGAGAGUUACUGCAUCGUUCGAGACCUAUUUUGUGAUAGCCAGAAUGGCGAGGUCCAACUCAACGUCCGACCGUAUAUUCAGCGGUAUGCUCUCAACACAACUCUGACUCUGUGUUACGGUAUUCGCAUGGAUGAGGUCUACGAUGACCUUCUCCGUGAGAUCCUUCACGUGGGAUCGGCCAUCUCGUUGCUCCGUAGCGCGUCGGAAAACCUACAGGACUACAUCCCCAUCUUGCGCUACGCACCCAAUAAUCAGAAGACGGCCCGAUCCAAGGAGCUGAGGCAGCGGCGAGACGCGUACCUCAAUCUUCUGCUAGACAAAGUUCGCGCCAUGAUCAAAAAGGGAACGGAUAAACCGUGCAUCUCCGCUGCCAUUCUCAAGGAUCAGGAGACGAAGCUUACCGGGGUGGAAGUCUCCUCGAUCUGCCUUUCCCUUGUUUCGGGAGGGUUUGAAACCAUUCCUGGCACUCUCACGUCUGCGAUUGGAUCUCUGUCCACGCCCGAGGGGCAGAUAUGGCAGGAUAAAGCGUAUGAGGACAUCAAGAGGCACUAUCCUGAUAUCCAAGAUGCCUGGCUAGGCUCGAUUCACGAGGAAAAAGUCCCGUACGUCAAUGCCAUUGUCAGGGAAGCAGGGCGAUACUAUACCGUUAGUUCGAUGAGUUUGCCUCGCAAGACCGCGACAGAGGUUAACUGGAACGGCGCCAUCAUUCCUGCCAAGACUAUGGUCUUGAUUAAUGCGCAGGCUGGUAACCACGAUAUGGAUCACUUCGGACCCGAUGCCGACAAAUUCGAUCCCGAGCGAUGGCUGGAAACGGUCGAUCCCCCAGCCGAGAGAGAAAUCCAGGGUCUCCCACAUCUGAGCUUUGGGGCAGGAUCCCGUGCCUGUUCAGGACAGGUCAUCGCAAGCAGACUACUGUCUGUGGCCCUGGUUCGUCUUCUCUCCUCGUACAAGAUCGUGGCCAGUGAGGACGAGCCACCGAAUACCGACUACAUCGAGUACAACAAAUUCAAGACGGCACUCGUGGCGAUCCCGAGGGACUUUAAAGUCAGGUUGAUACCACGGGAUGAUGCGAUGACCAGGCAGUGCUUGGAUGCUGCGGAGCGAAGAACUAAGGAACACUAUCGGGAGUAAGAAAUUUGUUGAUUGAUAGUUGG